AACUGCUUCUAACCAUCCACAUUCACAUUUUUUAAUUUUUUUACAUUUUAAAUAAAAUUGUGAAAAAAAAUAAAAUUCGCCAUUUUCCUCUCCACACCCUGUUUCGUGAAGCACAGUUCAUCAAUCAAGAUCUCUCUCUCUCUUUCUCUCUCUAACAUUCUCUCUCUCUCUCUCUCUCUCCAAAAUCCAAGAUGAGCAAGGGACCGGGUCUCUACUCCGAUAUCGGCAAGAAAGCCAGAGAUCUUUUGACAAAGGACUAUAACUCCGAUCAGAAACUCACCGUUUCAUCUUACAGCACCACUGGAGUGGCCCUCACUUCAACUGCUGUGAAGAAAGGAGGACUCUCAACUGGGGAUGUGGCAGCAGUGUACAAGUAUAAGAACACCCUUAUUGAUGUCAAACUUGACACAGCAUCAAUUAUCAACACAACCCUCACAUUCACUGACCUUUUUCCAUCCACAAAGACUAUAGCUUCAUUUAUGCUGCCUGAUUAUAGCUCUGGCAAGUUAGAGAUUCAAUACUUCCACCCCCAUGCUACCUUAACCUCAGUUGCUGCACUGAAGCAAAACCCUAUUGUUGAUGUUUCUGCCACUGUUGGUACCCCAACCGUUGCAUUUGGUGCUGAGGCAGGCUAUGAUACUAAAUCUGGCAGUUUUACUAAAUACAAUACUGGGAUUAGUUUCACGAGACUUGAUUCAUCUGCUUCAGUAGUCAUUGGCGACAAGUGUGACAGCAUUAAAGUAACAUACCUCCACCAUCUAGACCAACUCAAGAAGAGUGCUGCUGUUAUCGACGUUACCAGAAAGUUCUCAACAAAUCAGAAUACUAUAACGGUUGGAGGGUCUUUUGCUGUUGAUCCGCUGACACAAGUCAAAGCAAGGUUCAACAAUUACGGAAAACUUGGGGGACUGCUACAGCACGAGAUCUUUCCAAAGUCAGUGCUGACUAUUUCUGGUGAGGUUGAUACCAAGGCCCUGGAUAAAAAUCCCAAGUUUGGGUUGGCCAUUUCUCUCAAACCUUGAAGUUUUCCUUAAUUUUUGAAACGUGUGAUUGGAACUCUAAACUCUAUUCAAUAUUUUUUUGGUGGCCCUUGAAGGGAGGGCAGAAUAAUAAGUUCCACAUCCACAGAUGAGCGUUUCUAGGUUCUUUCUGAAUGGAUGAAUCAUUUCAAUAACUUGAAUCCGCCUAUGGCUUCUGUUUCCCAUUUUUUAUUAAAUUUUCUGCUUUUCCUUCUUACAUUGUAGUAAACAUUCUGAUAUAUGGAAGUCUUGUUAUCUGGGAGGAUUCAUAUCAA